GAGCUAUGCCCAAACUCCAUUACUUCAUCCAUCUAUAAAUACCUCUAAACAUUUCCAAAAUACUCAAAUUAUUCACAUUUUCUAAAGCCACAAAAUUACUAAACUUCCAAGCUUUCUUAUUACAUCAAGAAACACAAAAUGGGUUUUCUAGCUAACAAAGUUUUACGCCGAUCUCUCUCGGGAUCCAGUAAAGCAUCCUCAAGUUCUGUAGAUGUUCCAAAAGGAUACAUAGCAGUUUAUGUUGGUGAAGACCAAAAGAAGAGAUUUCUGGUACCAAUUUCAUACUUGAAUGAGCCUUCAUUCCAAGAUUUACUUAGCUUAUCUGAAGAGGAGUUCGGUUUCGAUCAUCCGAUGGGCGGUCUGACGAUUCCUUGCAGAGAAGAUACAUUCAAUGAUGUUAUUUCCAACUUGAGUAGAUAGUAUAUAUAUAGGACAAACCACUCAAAUUAGUUCUAAAAGAAAGUAGUGUAUAGUAGCAAAUGCCAAUUCAAUGUAAAUUACAAUUUUGUCUAAUGAGAAAUAUUAUUGGAUAUAAA